GCCGAAAAUCUUUAAUUGCACUGAUUUCUCUGGUAUAAAAAGGUACCCUUUUUAUCUUUUGUUUUCAUUGAUUUUUUUCACUCUUUAUUGUAUCAUUAUUAAACUAGAAUAAGCAACGAAUCAGCCCUAUCCUUUCAUUCAACAAUAGACAUCUCUAAUACAUAAUACAUACACAAUGGUUGCCAUUCACAACACUAGCUUACUCAUCGUAUCGAUGACUCUUCUUGCAUCUUUUGUCAAUGCAUAUGGCCAAAUUGCGCAAGUUGUAGAUGCCAACAACUUUUGUGUCUUCUUACCUCCUAAUGACUCUGCCGACAGAAAUAUUGCAGACACUGAAUGGAAUGCUCAAGCCUUUUGUCUCGGUAAUGCACCUUUGGCAAAGAAUGCUGGCAAAUUGAAUUCUGGUUUUAUUCAAUCAGCGCACUUUCUUCAAACCGAUAAGUACAUUCAAGUGACUGGUCAGAUCAAUCCUUCUAAGGCUAAGUUGAAUGUUACUGAUGAAGGUGGGCAAAUGGAUAUCAAGGCUCCUAAAGGCUCUUCUUGUGCUGGCUGGAAAUACUAUGUCAACUUGAUUGAGCCUGCUGGUAAAACAUUCUGUAUGCGUUGUUGUAAUGAUAAUAGAACCUGUAAUCGUGGUAUCUCUGAAAAGGGCUGUGCUCAUAUUAUUCCUGGUGAUUAUAGUGGCCCCUAUGGCAAUGGCCCUUCUUCUGACGCUGAUUCUGACUCGCCUGCUACUACUAAAUCAACUACUAAAACAACGAAGACAAAGACUAAGUCCAAGACUACUACUACUACUACUACUACUACUACU